CUCUGUUCGUGUCUGUUUCGGGAGGGAGGGAGAGAGAGAGAAAGAGAGAGAGAGAUUUUCAUCCAAAUCCAUAUCUAUUUUUUAAUCCUCGUCUGUGCGUAAACGUUGGUUGCUGCCUUCGCGAGGAGACUAUUUCACAAUGCAACGCUUUUAAUAAUCUUUACGUAAUAUUCAACAACCUUAUAUCUUUUGAAGUGCGCAUUUGUUUUAAACUUCAAUCUUCCCUCCGACACUUGGACAGCAUCAUGACCAGUUUGUGGAAUCGCAUCCCUUUGGAAUGGUGGGAAUUACGCAGCGAGCUGCCGGAGAGCAUGUAAACGCAAAUGGAGUUUGGGAUUUAUUGCAAAAUAUGGGAAAGAUGACCGUCCUGUCUUUGUGUUUUCUCUUGUGCGCUGAUCUACUGCAAGUAGCUGUUGGAUAUCUGACUGUAACGAUAGAGCCCUUGCUACCAGUUGUUGUGGGAGAAACGGUGACUCUAAAGUGCAACUUUAAGACAGAUGGAAGAUUGAGAGAGAUCGUUUGGUACAGGGUUACUGACGGAGGUACAAUUAAGCAGAAGAUUUUUACGUACGAUGCUAUGUUCAAUACCAAUUACUCCCAUAUGGAGGAUUACCGCAGACGGGAAGAUCUGGUGUAUCAAUCGACGGUCCGGCUCCCAGAGGUCCGGAUCUCAGACAAUGGACCUUAUGAAUGCCAUGUAGGAAUCUAUGACCGAGCAACACGGGAGAAGGUCGUCCUGGCAUCAGGGAACGUUUUGCUCACGGUCAUGUCUCCACCCAACAACAUCUCAGUGGUGGCAGAGAACACGCCAGCACCAUUCAGCCGCUACCAGGCCCAGAACCUCACUCUGGUCUGCAUUGCCAAAGGAGGCAAACCAGCUCCAUCGGUAUACUUCAAGCGGGACGGAGAGUUGAUAGAGGUAAUAUCCUACGUUUCGCCCACUGUGGGUUACGAGGGUGCCGGCUCCGCUGGUGUGCGUGGAGCCAGACCUCUGAUCAGCAGGGAUCUGGAUGACACUAAGCUGAGGAAGUCUCUAUCUCUGCUGGGUCCGGAUGGCAAGCCCGGACGCCUCUACACGGAGAGCCCUGGGCGGAGCUACAUGGCCAGACAGCCCGGCCAAGAGCCCAGCCCGGCCACAGAGACCAUCCCAGAGACAGUGGUAAGCCGGGAGUUCCCUCGCUGGGUUCAGAGUACAGACCCCCUGUACUUCUUCAGCAACACACACAUUCCCCAGAGUGAUGGGUCUGUGCUGGUUCAGGCCAAGCUUACCUGGACGCUGAAUCCACAGUUGGACAACGACGCCCUGUUUAGCUGUGAGGUCACACACCCGGCUCUCUCUAUGCCUAUGCAGACUGAGGUCAUACUGGCGGCUCCUAAAGGCCCCAGGCUUGUGAUAUCCCCUACCAGGGCAAAGGUAGGGGAUACGGUUCGCAUCACCGUCCAAGGUUUCCAGGUAGGAUCUCCAGUGAAUGAGGUGUUUCCUGAGCCUCUGUUCACCUGGACUCGGGUGGGCGGCAGACUCCUGGACGGCAGUGCCGAGAAAGAUGGGAAGGAACUGGUGUUGGAACGAGUGCCUGCAGAACUCAAUGGCUCCAUGUACCGCUGCACGGCCCAGAAUCCAUUGGGCUCCACUGACACACACACACGCCUCAUUGUUUUUGAAAACCCAAGUAUGAUGAAAAACACACAGAAUCCAAACAAUGGAGCUCCUGGUUUGCACAAGUUUGGACUGAUAUGCCUACCACUUAUUCUCACAGUGACUGUUGAAUUGACGUGAAUAUCCAUGAUUCAGACGCACACAAACACGCCUCCUCUCCAGUCAGGCACACACACACACUCAUGCACACACUUCACACACAGGCACACAAGCCUUCUCCAGACCAUGACUGCUUUCAUCUGUGGGAUGAACCUGAACCCCCCAACAGGGGGCGCACCAUCCUAUUUUUGUGAACACAAAAAAAGAUCCAAAUGGAGAUGAUGAUAAUAUCGCUGAUUAAAAAAUAAGAUGAAAUGAAAAUAACAUGCUGAAUAUGAGAAAAAACACCACCUCACCGUCUACCCCUUUCCACACAGAAAGUUUUUUUUUCUCCUUAAACUUGCCUGUCAAUCAACAGAGACCAGUCGUUUGGAAAAGCAAAAAGGCAUUUGGGGUUUGAACAAAUAUCGAGCUGAACAAAAAUCUCAUGCGUGUGGAGAAAAGACAUUAAGGAAUUGUGGGUUGCUGACAAAGCUGUCACUUCAAUUCCAACUAGCCGUUCUUGAGUUGUCUCCAUAGAAUUACUGCACACUGACACAAACAGGACUCGAACACACCCCCUUUUUAAGGACCAUAUUUUACGCCAUUUGUGUUUUUUGGUCACAAUAUUUUUCCGUUUUGUUUUCUUGAAUGCUCGCGGCUGGAAUGUAACAAAAAAAGAGACAAUACAAAACGUCCUGUGACAUUUUAUUGCAAAGAAAUGGAAGAUCCUCUUUUUAAGUGUAUUUUGUGUACAUCCCUGUAAAUAAUGAAAAGUAUAUUACAGAGCAGAAAAAAAUACAAAUAAUAAUUAAUACGGGUUUGGGAGAAAGAUGCAAGGGGGUAUAGCAGGUAAUGGCUUUAUUGCGUGCAUCUGGUUAUCCCCAACCGAAAUCCAACCCAGGCUUUUAGAAAAACUGUGAAAUCAGUGGCCUUUCUAUGAUCUGAUUUCAUGCGUUCAGUAUCUAUGACAUCCGUGUGACUGUUUUCAACCGCAGAGGAAAGGCGACAGCUUUUCUCUGGGGUUGUUGGUGCAUGUGACGUUCAAAGAGGAUUUCCCUCCUCAUCUGUUUGUCGCCUACCUGUCCUUAAGUUUUUUGUCGCAUAUUCAGUGACCUGCAUCGUGUACAGUCCUUCUCUCUAAUCUAACAGUUACUGCUAGGAUCAUGUUAGCCACCAUUAUGGCCCCUCCAUCCCCCAAAGGAAGCUCAAGUGAAGCCAAGUGUAAACAGGGUUGUUGCAUUUGUUUCAUAUCACCUGUAUUAAAAAUGGAGAUGAUCAAUUAAAAUGACUGGAGUGUGA